AUGGAACUUAAUCAUGGCGGUGCAGUAGUUAGAGAAGAAUACCAAGAAAUCAGGAGUGUUUUUAACAACAGAGACCAUUCUGGUAUUUCGGCAGUUAUAUUUGAUCCCCUUGAAGAACUUGUGUGGACAGGAAAUCAAUCGGUAGGUCUUAAGAGAAUCGAUAGGAAAUUUGGUGUGGUCAUAAUGAUUUCUGUGAUCUUAAUUAACUGAGCUUAUCUUAUUUCAUGUAAAAAAUUAUGUUAAAACUAACGAAAUUGAAUUGAAGUGUUUAGGUCAGGGACAUAUUUCACUAGGUUACACUGGUUGUAAAGUAAAAAUCUUGUCCCCUUUUUUGUCUGAUCUCUACGCAGAUCUCAUUGUUGAAUAAGAAUUUUGAUCAGAAACUGGCCGCUGGUUGCCAAAAAACAUUCUAAGUUGGAAUUAAGUUAAUAUAUUUUAAAUUGAAAUUGAAAAAUCCAUUCCUCAUAGUUCAGUUUAGAAGAUUAUUACACUGUAUGUUUGUAGAUGGCUACAUAGUAACAUACAUACAAUAGUAGAACCUUUCUUCAGUGACCACUGUUACGGGGGAGGUACAGUGCCACUCAAAAUGACAUUACCACCCCUAACUCACCUACCUCGUCUAGACUUGAAGGAUGAGAGUCCUGUGUCAAGAGACGAGACGCUCAUCUCUAGAGAAUGUUGUAGGAGACACUUUUGUGGGGCAAGUUGAAAACACUGACCCCUGGGCCGCGGACUACCCACUUACCCCCACUCUGCAGACUACCCUACAGAGUACCCCUACAGAUUACCCUAAAAAAUCAACCAAAUUUACUUUUGCAUGGGAAAUUGAUAGAACAAGCCUACCUCCACUCUGUUGCCUAUGAAUUCUGCCUUCAUUAACAGCAGCCAUCUUGCUUUUCGCCUUUUUACUCGACCUAGUCUUGCCUCAUUCCUGGAUUUCACUCACUUGCAUGUAGUUUUCACCUGCAGACCCAGUCUGCGGUCUUUUGUGAAAUAAUUACCAAACGAUGAUAGCUCAAAUUUCAUAAAAUCAGUCAGUGGAUGUAAAAUUAAUACCAAAAACCCCACGGCAGGAGGUGGAGCCAAUUUUGGAAGGAGUAGCCAUCUCGACUAGAAGAGGGGGCCAUUGAGGGGUACCCAAUACUGCAAUAACACAAGAAAAAUAAUAUUUAUUGACAAAUACCAAAGUACCAUGUCAAAAAUUGACCAAAUACCAAUACUGCAUCUAUGACUGGCCACGCUUACUUAUACAUUAGUAAUCAACCUCUUGGUACAAACCCUUACCAGGGCUCAAAAUUGCGAAUGAUAUGGUUGCCAAUGCGACUAACAUUUUUCUCCUUAAUGACUAAAAAUUCUGGUUUAGUUGCCAGAGUGGUGACCAGAUUUCUCUAUGAUUUAGAUUGAAAUUAAAAGAGUAAAUCUUGCUUUGUCAUAAAAAGUGUGCCAAGUCGGAUAAGAAAGCCAGUUAACCUCCAAAUUUAUACCAACUUCUGUCCACGAUAUUUUCAAACAAUCAGAUCCGAUGGAUCACGCCAUACUACAGGCUUCUGAUAGGUCGCAGAAAAAAGUCAAAGUUUUGGGGGAUUUUCAGAGACAGACUCGCAGAAUUUUUCGGGGCUAACUUCACCGAAAAACAAUCAGGAAAAAAAAGGACCAAUUUUGUGGGAAUUUUCUGGGCAAAUUUCGCUAGAAAUUGAUCGAUUUUAUGCAGAUUUGAUGAGUGUCUGUAAUGUUUUUUACCAGAGAUAAUUAUUUUGCUAUUUUAACAAUAAAGCGCUCAAGAAAUGAGCCAAUGGCAAAGCUUUUAACAUCGUGACUAGCGCCCAAGUUUUUGCAACAUAAUUUAUGCCUGGUAGUUUUGGGAUGUAGUUUGCUCGUUGUGGUGAUAAAGUUUCAAAAUAACUUUGCAAGUUUACGGCAAUUAAACACCUCCAAUAGCCAAGAUAAGUUUCAAAUAUGUUGUACCGACAUGUAUUGGAUAAGAUUUCUAGCUAAUUUCACGGUAUUUUGGAUGUUUUAGUGAAUUUCGAGGGGAUUUCUUGGAUUUACUUAAAUUUCUCAGAAGCCCUGAUACUAUGAGCUACAUCGUUUACAUUAUACAAACUGGCGACUAAAACUUUGCAUCUGGCGACUAUAUUUUUCCAGUUGGUCAGAAAAAGGUGACUUGAUGAUUUUAAUUUUGAGCCCUGCCUACCAACAUGUUUCAUCAUAGAUUAACUGUCAGAAAUUGAGUAAUCUGCAACAUGUACCUUGAAGUCUAAAUUCCUAAAUGUAUUGGGCCAAAUAUUUAAACAUAGCUUAGCUAGUGUUUAACAAAACCACAUUCUAGGUCAUUUUCAUUUUGCCCAACAAUUUUAUCAAUUGAAAACAUCAUUUAUUGUAAACAGUUUUAUGAAAGCAUACAGAGAAGACUAGAAAAGCAUUUAUCUUCUUAAAACAACCCACCAAAGAAGAGAUCUGAAGGUUCAAAGAUUCGUUAAACCGCAGCUUAAGUUAGACUUCAUUUACAUAUUUGGCCCAUUAACUGUUAUUAACCUUUAUAGCUUACUGUGUUUUGUGUGUGGACACUGUAUUGACCUGUAUUAGACGGUAAAGCACAAAUAAAUGGUACUGCAAUACCAUGAACGAUAUUCUUUUACUGUAAUACUGUUAGCAGCCAAAAGGAUGAAAAACUGCAUACCGCAGGGCUAGAUGAUCCUGCAAUACCUCACAUUAAAAUCAAAAUUUCUGAAAUAGUGCUUGAAAAAAACCUCAGUACUGCAAUACCGUAAAUCCUAGAGGUCCCUGGGCCUCAAUCUUCUAAAAAGGAUCAACACAUAUACUGGGCACUAAGUUAGGUUGUAAUAAGAAAGACCGGGUCCAGGAAAAAGCAAGAUGGUGGCUGUUUAUUUAGUUAAUGGUAGGAAUGAGGAUAGGUUUCUUGUAUCUCUUUGCACCCUAAAAAGUGAAUUAGGUUGACCUUUUUAUUGUAUUCCCUAGAGGUACUCUAUGCUGUGGUCCGCAGAGUAGUCCGUAAGGUAGUACGUGGAAUGGGGAUAAGUAGGGUAGUCUGCGUACUGGGGGUCAGUGUUUUCAACUCACCCCACUUUCGUGUGUUACAAGCUUUGUGUUUUCAUGCUCUUCCUCAAAUCCUCUGUCAAUGUUUAAGUGAUAAAAAUGGUAGACAUGCUUCUUUGUAAUAGCUUUUCUUGAUUCUUUUCCACUCAGCCAACAACUGAAAAACAACAUCCACCUGACUUUUAUUUCUGAGCAUUCCAAGCCUUCUGUUUGGAGAUUUUUAAAAUUUAGUGUGCCAUUAGAAUGGUUUUCAGAAGCCAUUUGAAUAGUUUUUUGCUGACAUGCUUGUCUUGUUCUGGACUAAACCUUCUUCAGUAUUUUGAGUUUUGCAAGUUGAGGACUUGAUGAUGGCUCAUAAAACAUGGCGGCACCUUGACAGCAGUGCCCUGGACCUGAACCAAAUAUCUGCAGACUUUUCUGUGGAUUUCAUUCAAAACUUAUUCCAAAAUUGCUGCCUCGAUGAUUCUCACAAGAUGAGAGUCUCAUUUCUUAUAAAGAUGAGAUGCUUUCCCCUUAUAUGAGAUGCCGUUUUUGCUUUUAUUGGCUGUUUUGGAGAGGUUUCCUUGGCAACAGAGAUUAUGUUAGCAGUUGGAGAGGUAGCUUUCAUAGAGAACCUGAACAUAUGGACUGUUUUUUUUUUCUGUUUUGUUUGACUCGCUCAGGGCUACUUGGCAUCAUAUUUUGGUCCUGAGUUACAGAAGUAUACAUCAUUCAAAGUUCAUCAUGAAGAAAUCCGUCAUGUAACAGCCAAUGACCAUGGAAUACUCUCUCUUUCCUGCAAUGAGCUCUGCUUCUCUUCUCGGCCAGGACUACGAGUCUUUAGGCUCAGGUAAGAAGUACAGUAAUGCAAAAUGAUAAUAAUAAUGGUAAUAGUAAUAAUAAUAGCCCAAGAUCAAAGCCUCCUAACAUACUGUACCAAUACAACAUCUUAAAGAAGCCCGAGGUGGAGCCAAAAUGUAGACUGUGUGGCCGUUUCGACAAGACCAUUGACCACCUGCUGGUCUCUGGAUGCCCUGAACCGGCUAAAACUAAAUACACCCACCGCCACAACAAGGCAGCUGCACACAUGCACUGGAAAAUCUGCAAAGAGUUUGGCAUUGAGGUGAAGGAAUGAUGGUAUGAGCAUGAACCCGAGGCUGUCACCAAGAAUGACAGCAUCACUUUUCUGUGGGACAUGCCUAUUCACACUGACAGGACCAUAGCAGCUAAUAGGCCGGACAUUGUGCUAAAGAACAAGAAGGACAAAACCUGCCUCCUCAUUGCCAUGACUAUACCCCUCAACACCAACACCUCAGUCAAAACCAGGGAAAAGAUUACCAAAUACAAAGACUUGGAAAUCGAGGUUGAGCCAAUGUGCGGGCUCAAAACAACAACAGUCCCGGUGGUUAUGGAAAACUACACCAACAAAAUCCCUGGCAACAUCAACAUUCAUGAACUCCAGAAAGUAACUCUCCUUUCUACAGCCCACCUUCUCAGGCGGGUUCUCUCCAUCAAGUAGAAACCCUCUUUGCCUCCCAAAGUCCAUGGUUUGGACUCGGAUGUUGAGAGAGAAAAUCAAUCACAAUAAUUAAACUAGUAUAUCUUAUAAUAGUAGUAAUAAUAAUAAUAAUAAUAAUAAUAAUAAUAAUAAUAAUAAUAAUAAUAAUGAUGAUGAUGAUAAUAAUAUACACUUUUGGUUUAUACACACUCAGUGAUUUUGGUCAUUCAAGCAAUCUGAUUGCUUCGCUAUCUCAGACUAUGAUGUUAUAUUCACCACUCUAGGCGGUAAAUAUAAAGCAGAACAAAAUUGCUGUCCUAAACUGGGUGUUUUGCUAAAGUUUUGUAGUAAGAACUUUUUGAAAAUACCAGAAUAUCCUAGUGUUGAUGACUUUGAAGGUAAGAAAAGACCUCAUGGUGUUUAAACAGUGUGACUUAUUUUGAAGUGGUUUACUGUAGCUGACUUUUUGUACACUCAAAGCAAUGUUUACCACUACAGAGGAAAACUAGGCUGCUUUCUCACUGUUUUGUGAACUCAGAAGACCAAUUUUGCCUAUAAAUAGAAGUUAAUUUAUGGAGAAAAAGGGAAGGCAAAUAUUUUCGAAAACUGUACGUGCUAGCAAGUUAACAAGGCAAAGAACACUUCAGAUAAGAUACCUUGAUGGUAGCCGCUGUUGACAGCAUUUGCAAGAAGCGACAAAAAAAACUUCCUCAUUCAUGGUGAGUUGACAGAAACAAAUAAAGCUCUAUGUUUCUUCUCAGGAUUGGGUAGUAAUUUCAAUGUUUUCUUUUAAACCGUUGAUGCUAAAGCUUACAAAAAUCGAUACAAAAAGAUUAAAACUAUCAUUUGCCAUGUUUGGAGAUACUGUAAAGAUCUAACUUUUGUGCAUCUACUGUUAACGGCUUCGUGUUCACGCAUGAAUACACCCUUUCUGAUUCUGUUGAGAUCAGUUCGUGUGAAUAUACUAAAACAAUUAUUCACCUCAGACACAGUAAAUAUUGUUGAAUAAUCCCCAAUUAUUCAACAAUAUUAACUUCGCCUUCGGCAAAUAAUUUUUGAAUGUACCGUGUAGGCCUUCCUCUUAGUGAUCCAAAGCUUUUUACAACGCUAAUAGUAAUAAACCUAAUAGAACAUUACAAUGAAUUAAUUGUUAAAAAUUAAUGUUACAAUGAAUGAAGUGAAGGUUGUUGGGAGAAUGAAGGCUGUUGGGACAUUAUAUUGCCGAAAAAUAUUCUUCAACACCAACAAUUUGUUUACAGUUAUACAGUGCUUUAAUUUGAAACCGAAUAACAGCAAACGUCACUGAUAAGGGAUCCAGAUGGGUUCUGAAAGCUCUGCAUAACUUUCAUCAAAUUGUUCCAAAUGGUGAAGCAUAUUUUUCUGUGACUGUUACAUGUGAUGAAACCUAAACCUGUGGAGCACAAAUGCAACCUCUUUGAAUUUAACAAUUGAGUAUUGAUGAGAAGAGACAUAUGCACGGGCGGAUCUAGGGGGAGAGUGCAGGGGGUGUGCACCCCCCCCCCCCCAUCCCCUGAGAUGACCUGCGGUUUUCUAAUACAACUGGUAUUCUGCAAAAAAAAACUAUGUGGUUUAUUGGUGUUGAAAUAGAGCAAGAGACCAGUGCACCCCCUCCUAAAAAAAAUCCUGGAUCCGCCCCUGCUAUGUCACUAGGGACUUAGCCUGUAGGGGUCACUGAUUUUAGCCAGGAUAAUUCAUUUUGUGAUCUCAAAAACUGUUUAACUUAUGUAGACAGCAAGAAAAUAAUUUAAAUAGUGGCAAGUAGUUGAAUUGCAAUUUUUAUAGUUCCUUGCACAUUACAUACCAUAAACUGCCGCUUAUACAUGUAAGCUCAAGGCUUCUUAACCCUUUAAGUCCCAAUAGUGACCAACAUCAAUUUUCUUCUAACGAUACCCAUAGAUUGUCAUGAGAUGAGGUUAUGAGAAUUAAGAAAAUGAUCACCUAAGAGAAAAUACUUUGAUCUUUUAUCAAAUUCUCUCAACUCAUUCUUUAAGGAAAUGUAUAGAGAUCAGUUUGGAGAAUUUGUACAUGGAUAUUGGGGCUUAAAGGGUUAAGGAGUUUUAGGAGGGCUUACACAUGUAUCUGAGGGGGCUUAGGGAUGGGACCAUUAUUUUUCUACAUAGCACUAUUAAAUUUUGGAUUGUAGAGUAGCACAUAGUGCUAGUAUCUCCAAACUACAUAAUUUUUAAUAUAAAAAAUAACAAAGAUCUAAAGCCCAAAAAAGGGCCUAACUUGGGUAAUAAAUUGAAAUUAUUUCAAUACAUUUGAAUGAGGGCUAAUAAUUAUCCGGGGAGGGGAGGGGGGUAGCUUAUAACUGAAUGUAUUUUCCUGGUUACGAGCAGAUGGGCCUUUAACGGAUCAUUAUACGUUUCUAGGAAACUGCCCACCUACCCCUUUCCUAACCAACAUUUUGCCAUUAGUAAGAAGUAAGUGUUAAUGUUCGCUUAGGGGAGGGGUGGGAGGCUUAUAACUGAGGAAGGGAGCAGCAGUUUAUGGUAUAUAAUCAUGUCUCCUCACCUACCCUCUUUGUGCCUCGUGUCACAUAAGGCCUUCCCAGAGUCCUUCUGGUUUCUGUAAUAACAGGGUUUUACUGGAGAAGGGUUCCCAGCCUAAGGCUCAAUACCCAACUUGGAGCACCAGGGGACCACACUUUGCCUGGCCUCUAUCCUUCGACCUGUUCGGCAUGGUUGGCCUUACCAGAAGUCAAAGACUCCAGCCGACAUAGCUCUAUGGGUCACUGAAACACGCAAACCACUCCACCACGGUAAGGUGGUGGUCCCUUUGGAGUGGAUACAUACAAUCAUAUACCUUGCAGCAAAUGUGACAAACUCUUUGUUUCAUUUCAGUGGGACAGACCUGUCAGACUUGCAGUGCAUGCUGCAGGGGGAUGAGACACAUUUAUGGGUUGCUGGGCAUCAAAACUUGAUGCUGGAAGUAGACUUAAAGAAGGGACUGGUCAGCAAUAAGGUAAUUCACUUUAGUGUUCAACAUGCUGCCCUUUAAGGUACAUGUACAUUGUAAUGAUCCAUCGAUCUAGCAAUUCAUCGAUCUAGAGAUCCAUCGUUCUAGCGAUCCAUCGAUCUAGCUAUCCACCGAUCUAGCGAUCCAUUGAACUAGAGAUCCAUCAGUCUCGCGAUCCAUUGAUCUACUCAUCCAUGGUUCUAGCGAUUCAUCAAUCUAGCGAUCCACUGUUCUAGUAGCCUGAGAGCAAGCUCUCCUAUUUGGGCGAGCCUCGCGAGAACGCGCAUUCUCGCAAGACUCGCUUCGCUCGCCCAAAUAGGAGAGCUUGCUCACAGGCUACCGAUCUAGCGAUCUACUGAUUUAUCCAUCGAGCGAUCCAUCGAUCUAACGAUCCAUCGAUCCACUGAUCCAUCGAUCUAGGAUUUCAACGAUAUAGCAAUCCAUCAAUCUACUGAUCCAUCGAUCUAGCGAUCCACCGAUCUAGCGAUCUACUGAUCCAUUGAUGUAGCGAUCCAUCGACGUACUCAUCUAUCGAUCUAGCGAUCCAUCGAUCUACUGAUCCAUCGAUCUAGCGAUCCAUCGAUCUAGCGAUCCACCGAUCUAGCGAAUCCAGCGUUCAACUUAUAGAUCGAUCUGGCAAUCCAUCAAUCUAGCGAUCCAGCGAUCUACUGAUCUAGUGAUCCAUCGAUCUAGCGAUCCACCGAUCUAGCGAUCCAUCGAUCUACUGAUCCAUCGAUCUCAAUCAAAAUCAAAUCAAAAUCAAUCAAGCUUUAUUUACAACGGUAUCACUUGGGUGACACAGGAAACUAUCGUGGUAUAUCCCUAACUGUUACAGCCGCGAAAAUCUAUAACAAGAUUCUACUAGAUCGAAUGAGACCUCGUCUGGAUCCUCUGUUCAGAGUGAACCAAAACGGAUUUCGUACGGGUAGAUCUACACUACCGCAAAUUAUAACUCUGCGUAGGCUCAUAGAGGGAAAAAAAGAAAAACAGCUACCUGCAAUAUUGACUUUCGUAGACUUCAGUAAAGCCUUUGAUUCGAUACAUCGCGAGAAGUUGAUGGAGAUCCUCAAGGCAUAUGGAAUUCCAACAAAGAUAGUGGAUGCCAUCAGCAUACUCUACAAGGAAGCACCGGUGAUAACACCGAAGCACAGGUGAUAACUCCUGAUGGUGAUACGGAAUUCUUUGAAAUUCUUGCGGGAGUUCUGCAAGGAGACACGCUCGCACCUUUUCUAUUUAUCAUAGCCCCUGGAUUAUGCUCUUAGAGAAGCUACUAGAGAAACACACACUGGGUUCACGCUUACACCACGGCAGAGUUCCCGUCACGUAGCAACAUAUAUCACCGACACUGAUUUCGCGGAUGAUCUUGCCCUAAUUUCUGACUAUCUUGGAGAGACACAACUUCUCUUAUUAAGACUGGAGGUUGCUGCGAAAACAGUGGUUCUGCAUGUUAACUACAGGAAAACGGAAUACAUGCUGUACAAUCAACCUGUAGAUCUUGUCACACUGGGAGGGAACAAAUUGAAACAAGUAGAUAACUUCAAAUAUCUUGGUUCGUGGAUACAAUCCAGUGAAAAGGACAUGAAUAUAAGAAUUGGACAAGCUUGGAGUGCACUCAACAAAAUGAUGAAAGUGUGGAAAUCAAACCUAAAAAAUCAUCUCAUAGUAGGUUUCUUUCGGGCUACAGUUGAAAGUGUACUGCUUUAUGGUGCUGAAUGCUGGACAAUGACUGGAAAGAUGAGGAAUAGACUAGAUGGUACGUACACAAGAAUGCUCAGAGCAGUUCUUGGAGUUUCCUGGAAGGAGCAUAAAACCAACAAAGAAAUGUACGGCAACCUUCCCAAGAUUACAGAUACACUGAUGAUCAGGAGGCUGCGGUUUAAAGGACACUGUUGGAGAAAAAAGGAUGAGGUGAUAAGUGAUCUACUACUCUGGGAACCAAAUCACGGCGCAAGAAAGAGAGGACUACCAGCAACACCAUAUGUAGACCAGCUGCGAAAUGAUACUGGUUUGAGCAUUGCUGAACUGAAGAGCAUCAUAGAAAACCGGAAGGAAUGGAUGAAGCUAGUUAAUGGAGUUCGAGUUCGCUCGAAAUAAACAAGCAAAGCAAGCAAGCAUCACUUCAUUAAAACUGCUCUUCCAGUGAGCCGUUUACAUAACAAAAUUUUAAGGGAAACUAUACUAAUGCUAAAAAAAAUAUCUAUAUAUUAAGAAAAUCUAUCCUAUAAUUAAUUACACAAAAAUCAAUCAACCUUAAAGGUACAUUAUAUAACUAAAAUAAAUUCUAUCUCAACUCCCUCAAGGCAAUCCCUGGUUCAAGACAAAGACAGAGCAGACUUGAAAGAGUUGAGAUUUAUCUCAUCUUUAAGCACAUUUUCUAGGCCAUUCCACAUGACUGCUCCCCUAUAGCUAAAAGCCCGCUUAGCAGCUUCAGUGCGGGGCCUUGGUACAAAAAUGUUGUUCGAGGCACCUCGCACGUUGUAAGAAUGAAUCCCGGAGGUUGGUUUAAACGUGUUUUAGCGAUCCAUCGAUCUACUGAUCCAUCGAUCUGGCGAUUCAUCGAUCUACUGAUCCUUCGAUCUAGCGAGCCAUCGAUCAAGCUAUCCACCGAUCUAGCUAUCCAGCGAUCUACUGAUCCAUCGAUCUACAGAUUCAUCGAUCUACCGAUCCAUUGUUCUAUCGAUCCAUUGAACUAGAGAUCCAUCAAUCUAGCGAUCCAUUGAUCUACUGAUCCAUGGUUCUAGCGAUUCAUCGAUCUAGCGAUCCACCUAUCUAGCGAUCUACUGAGAUCAUCGAGAGAUCCAUCGAUCUACUGAUCCAUCGAUCUAGCGCUUCAUCGAUCUACUGAUCCAUCGAUCUACAGAUCCAUCGACCUAGCGAUCCACCGAUCUAGCAAAUCCAGCGAUCUACUUAUAGAUCGAUCUAGCAAUCCAUCAAUCUAGCGAUCCAGUGAUCUACUGAUCCAUUGAUCUAGCGAUCCAUCGAUCUAGCGAUCCACCGAUCUAGCGAUCCAUCGAUCUACUGAUCCAGCUGCUAAGAGGGCCUUUAGCUAUAGGGGAGCAGUCAUGUGGAAUGGCCUAGAAAAUGUGCUAAAACACGAGAUAAAUCUCAACUCUUUCAAGUCUGCCCUAUCUUUGUCUUGAACCAGGGAUUGCCUUGAGGGAGUUGAGAUAGAAUUUUAUUUUAGUUAUUUAAUGUACCUUUAAGGUUGAUUGAUUUUUGUGUAAUUAAUUAUAGGAUAGAUUUUCUUAAUAUAUAGAUAUAUUUUAGCAUUAGUGUAGUUUCUCUGAAAAUUUUGUCAUGUAAACGGCUCACUGGAAGAGCAUUUUUAAUGAAGUGAUACCGUUAAUAAAGCUUUAUUGAUUGAUUGAUCGAUCUAGCGAUUCAUCGAUCUACUGAUCCAUCGAUCUACAGAUCCAUCGAUCUGGCGAUCCACCGAUCUAGCGAAUCCAGCGAUCUACUUAUAGAUCGAUCUAGCAAUCCAUCAAUCUAGCGAUCCAGUGAUCUACUGAUCCAUUGAUCUAGCGAUCCAUCGAUCUAGCGAUCCACCGAUCUAGCGAUCCAUCGAUCUACUGAUCCAUCGAUCUAGCGAUUCAUCGAUCUACUGAUCCAUCAAUCUACAGAUCCAUGGAUCUAGCGAUCCACCGAUCUAGCGAAUCCAGCGAUCUACUUAUAGAUCGAUCUAGCAAUCCAUCAAUCUAGCGAUCCAGUGAUCUAGUGAUCCAUCGAUCUACCGAUCUAGCGAUCCAUCGAUCUACCGAUUUAUCGACAUAGCGAUCCAUCGAUCUACUGAUCCAUCGAUCUAGCGAUUCAUCGAUCUACUGAUCCUUCGAUCUAGCGAACCAUCGAUCUACUGAUCCAUCGAUCUGCUGAUCCAGCGAUCUAUUGAUCCUUCGAUCUAGCAAUCCAUCGAUCUACCGAUCCAUUGAUCUACCGAUCCAUUGAACUAGAGAUCCAUCAAUCUAGCGAUCCAUUGAUCUACUGAUCCAUGGUUCUAGCGAUUCAUCGAUCUAGCGAUCCACCGAUCUACUGAUCUAUCAAUCUAGCGAUCCAUCGAUCUAGUGAUCCAUCGAUCUGGCGAUCAACUGUUCUAGCGAUCCAUCGAUCAAGCAAUCCACCGAUCUAGCAAUCCAGUGAUCUAUUGAUCCAUCGAUCUAUAGAUCUAUCGUUCUAGCGAUCCACCGAUCUAGCUAUCCACCGGUCUAGCGAUCCAGCGAUCUACUGAUCUAUCGAUCUAGCUAUCCACCGAUCUAGCGAUCCAGCGAUCUACCGAUCCAUCGAUCUAGAGGUCCAUCAAUCUAGCGAUCCAUCGAUCUAACGAUCCACUGAUCUAGCGAUCUACUAAUCCAUCGAUCUAGCGAUCCAGCGAUCUACUGGUUCAUCGAUCUAGGAAUUCAACGAUCUAGCGACCCAUAUAACUGCUGAUCCAUCGAUCUAGCGAUCCACCGAUCCUACGAUCUACUGAUCCAUCGAUCUAACGAUCCACCGAUCUACUGAUCCAUCGAUCUAGUGAUCCAUCGAUCUAGCGAUUCAUCGAUCUACUGAUCCAUCGAUCUAGCGAUCUGCUGAUCCAUCCAUCGAGCGAUCCAUCGAUCUACUGAUCCAUUGAUCUAGCGAUCCAUCGAUCUACUGAUCCGUCGAUCUAGCGAUCCCUCGAUCUAGCAAUCCACCGAUCUAGCGAUCCAGCGAUCUAUUGAUGCAUCGAUCUAGUAAUCCAUCGAUCUAGAGAUCCAUCGUUCUAGCGAUCCAUCGCUCUAGCUAUCCACCGAUCUAGUGAUCCAGCGAUCUACUGAUCCAUGGAUGGAGCGAACCAUCGAAUUAGCGAUCCAUCGGUCUAGCGAUCCUUCGAUAUAGCGCGCCAUCGUUCUAGUGAUCCAUUAAUCAGUUAGGGUACUGUCAGUAGUGCUUUAGGUAGAGCGAUUUUCGUAUGACCUUAAAAUGAAACGCGCGAACAAUACAGAAACAACAAACGAACGGAAAUAGAGCGAUUUGAUUGGUUUAUCCAACGGAUACAAACCGGCGUGGCUUUUGGUUGGUUAAGCGAGCGCUCGGGUGAAAAAACUUCACGGGCGAGAACUUUCUAGAAAUCAAUCGGCUUCGCUUUGACGUCAUACUGCAACACGAUUGGCCAAUCGAACAAUGCCUUCUUCAUGUUAGGGUUUUCUUUGGCGGGAAAACGAGGAGGCUAUGUUUUGAUCUUUCCAUCCGUUGGCCGAUAAAACAAGGAACGAACACUUACCGAAACGACUUUUCAAAGUCAUACGAAAAUCGCUCUAACUAGCAUGUAGUUUAUCCAUACUUUAAAUACUUAGAGAACUUUCUCCUAGCAGUGGUUACAGUCCAACUAAUUGUAAAGAGUUCAUUAUUUAAGAAAGACUUUUUAUUGUUGAUGUUUUUUCAACUAUAGACUGAGGUGGAACCUGGAACUGUUGUAAUGAAACAGUCUGCUCGUUAUCUUUGCUGCGGUGACACAGCUGGCAAGGUAAUGUACGAUCUUUUGUUGUUUUAUCUGUGACCCCCUAUUCACACCAAAGCUUAAACAUGUUUGUUUAGCUUGAGAUGGUUGAAAGUUAUUUUUUUCUUUAUGAAAGCUGCUUAUUGUACUUUCAUUGAUGCAAAUUUAGUGUAAUUAUAUAACAUUUUAAAGUUCAUUUAAAUUUUUUGUAAAAUCCUGCGUUUAAGUUUUCUGUUAAUGAUUUUCAUUUUUUAAAACCUAGUUUAAUUAAACUGUUUAGCUGGUGUGCAUGGGGUCUUAAUAUUAAUAAUGACCCCGACGUGUUAUGCAGACUGCAACACUUAAAUCAAACCUGCCAUGUACAACACAUUCUCGUAAGCCACAAAGGGGGAAAAUUACACAUGAGCUUAAUGUAGCGCUUGUUUCUUCUCAUCAUCGCUUAAAGAACGAGGUAUGUUACACGUUCAUUCCGCUUGUUUCGUCUCGUGAUGGUUUAAAGAACGAGAUAUAUGGCACAAACUCUUUAUUUAACAAAAAUUAACUUUGUUUCUCUGUACACUUCACCUGAUAAAAUUUUGGCCACAUGACUUAGCAUGACUCAGCAUUUCGAACGAUUUAACUCUGGUUUCGGGCAACAUACAGCAACCUUGGGAGAGAUGACUUUCGGGCAACUUGACCGGUUACCACCCGAAAGUUAGCCUGUGAACAAGCUCUCCGGUCAAAACAGUUAGGAAACUUGGUCGUUUCCCUCCGCCUCCCCCUUCACAAAAGGAAGUGAUCGUCAUAGUGAUUGGUUGCAGCUAUAAUUCAUUCAGGCACCGGGUUUUUGACGUUUUUGGAUUGUAACUUUGGUGCGCUGCAAGUCUGAGAUUCCUCAGGCAUUCACGAACUGCUUUACUAAAGAAUUCACAAAGUAACGCACGGUGUAAGAAGCACAACGGAAACCGCCUUACUAAACAUGUUGAUUUUGUUGACAGUAAUGACUCAGUAACCCCAUUAGGUUUUUGUAAAACUGUGAUGUGUUGUUAGUAAAUGUGUAUACCAGUAGUUCUAUCAAAACGCAAAGUGCUAUGUAACUGGAAUUAAAAGGAACAGUUUAAUUAUCCCAACAGUAAAUGAUCGUUACAUUUGAUUUACAUACGCCAUGUUUCCUAUCAGGUUCGGCUGAGAGAUCCUUCUUCCUUAACCUGUGAACAUGUGUUAGAUGCACAUACCGGGACAUUGUCUGAUUUCGACGUGUCAGGAAAUCUUUUGGUCACUUGUGGCUUUUGUUCAAGGUAGAAUUAACUUGCUGUCAGUACAUUAUUAUCUGUAAGACCCCUUUUAACCCCGUAAUCCAAUAUCCACAUACCCCUUUUAACCCCGUAAUCCAAUAUCCACAUACAAAUUCUCCAGACUGACCUCCAGGCGUAACCUUUGGAGAAUUAGUGGAGAGAAUUUGAUAAGAGAUCAAAACAUUUUCCCUUUGGUGAUCAUUUUAUUAAUUCUCAUUCCUUUUCUCUUAAUUAUAUAUUUUUAAGAUUGUUAGAGGAAAAUUGAUGGCGUUAUAUGUUGCUUGGAUACCUUUUCAAGCCAAGGGCUUAUAGCCGUGUGCUGUGCGCUUGGUACAGUGGGCUCAGUAAUGACUAUCGGUUCAUAAAAAUCAGCCACUCGGCGCGCGAGAAAUAUUUCAGUUAUGGUAAAAAGUUUAUGCAGAGUUACUGGAUCAUACUCAACGAGGUACAUCAGUGCCUGAUAGUUUUCAAAUUUUGGUUUUAUUUUUAGAAUGGGACGUCUAGCCGUUGACAGAUUUCUGAUGGUUUAUGAUCUGAGAACUCUGAGGGCGUUGCCGCCUCUUCAGGUAUGUUAGGGAUCUUACGACGGUGACAGCAACGGAAAAACGUAAAACGCAACAGGUUUAGGAAUCAAAAACAACACAGCUCUGCCAUGCAUCACGGUUUUCUGGAAAUUGUUUUGGAAACUUUUCUCCGUCCUUGCCCAACUACGACGUGAAAUUACUAAAUAAGCCCUUUGCAGCUAGCCGUUCACGUGGUACAAAACCGCCAUGCUGGAGAGCAAAAGCCUUUCUUACUAGGACAAGACAAACAAAGAAAAUUACCAUUUGAAAUUAUGUAUGCCUUUUGUUUGUCUUUUCCCAGUGCGACUUUUGCCCUCCAAUACGGCGAUUUUUUAUCACGUGAAUGGCUAGCUGCAAAGGGCCUAUUAAGUUAACUUGGGUAUGGGAAGGGCAAGGCAUCUCUGUCUGAAUGCGGACGCGGUUCCAGCCAAAUUUCCCUUCUAUAAGUAACUGGGCGAAUUGGAAUAACCACGAAAAAUUUUUAAAGGAUGCGAAGUCUAUUUUUCUGCGUUUUUUUUAUUGGCGGCUAUUAAUCCUCGAUCCUAAGGUCCCCCAAAAGGGUGCUUUUCCUGGGAACGAUAUAUUUUUUUUAGCUUGUAACUGUAUUAAAGGAACAGAUACCUGGUUAAACGCAUGCUCAUUUAUCAAAAUGCUGUUUUUCUGCCGGGACAUGCUGUAUUGUCUAUGCAAGCAAUAUGAUCGUGUCAUAAUGUUGUCAAAGAACCAAUCUGCGUACUCCCCUGGCAGUCACUUGCACUUGAUCAACUUAAAUAUUUGCAAAUAGCUGUAAAUUAAUCAACCAUGGAAUAAAAGCUUCGGGUCAACAAUAAAUUCAACGUUGGUAGUGAUGGCAUAAUCCACUAAUUUUUUCUGCGAUUUGAGUACUCCUCCAUCCUACUUCAGGUUACUCUGAAAUACAAUUCUACUUUGAAAUACACUCUGAGAUCGCUGACAUACAUGUGAGUGGGAUUAUUAACGGAUAGAAUUAAUGAUAAAUUGGAAAGAAGUAAUUUAAUUAAUGAGCAUGCGCUUAAGCGUGAACCCCUCCCUUAAACUGUCUUGAGAACGUGGGUUUAUUUAUGAUUCUACCGAUAACUGCCAGAAAAAUUUUCUUGAAACUAGAUGGAAUGUCUUUCUAUUUAGAUCGCUGUUGACCCGCUAAUGUUGAAGUUUGUUCCUGCUCUAACAUCAAGAGUAGCAGUAGUUUCUCAGGUAGGUGGUUCACAAAAAGAAUAUUAUGGUGUGUGUUUCUUGGGGACGGAAGAAAUUCUUUACAAGGGUUUUACACAAUUCCUGGUAACUCAGUAGUUUGCAUUGAGGCUAUCAUUCAAUAUGGACAGAGUAAAGCCCCCUGGAAAGGGAUGCAACAUUGUUGAAUGUUACAUGUUGCGUCCGUUUGCACACCCUGUUGCAUGUUGUUGCGCGUUGUUGGGAGUUGUUGCGCAAUAUUUGAAACCGGUCAAACUUUUAGCUACGUGCAAACGGACGCAACAACUCCCAACUAUGUUAUGUCCGUUUGCACGGGGCUUAAGCAGAAAAUCGGGGGAGACUUCUCCUCAUACUGCCUGUCAAACAUAACAUAUGAAGAUAUUAAUUGAUGUAAUUAACGUUUGAGCAUUUCAUUCAAUUUUUAUCUUCUUUCUACAAUUGAGGUCGUCGGAACAAUCUGGGUUUAUUUUAUUAUUCAAGGACAAUUGUGCAGUCAUAACGCUUUUCAACACACGUCAAAUAAACGUUCGCGCGCGACUGAAAAUUCGUCUUCCCAGUUCUCCCAGCCCGCGGAGAGUAUCGUAAGGGUGAAGCCAUAAUUCAUUUGAAUUAUCAACAUUGUAUUGGGUAGGGAGGGGGAGGGUUCACGAUAUUUAAAGGAUAAUACUAAAACGCAUACAACUGCUGAUAUACUUUUAGUGUCCUAAGGUUGUCCAUGAUUGUACCUGCAGAUGAAAGAUGUAUACAAUCCUUCAUUCCUUCCUUUAUACUACUACAUGACAAAUUUCUGCAAUUUGAUUGGCUAAGAGCAGUGGUAUUUCAGCUUAAUUUGAAAUACCUACAUGUGAAAAUUACAAACCUUUUGAGGGUAGUAGUAUAAACAAAUAAUAGCAUGAUUUGUACAUGAUAUUUGGCAUAAAUACCUCUCGUGAAAUUUCAAAAUUGUCUCAAAUUUCACUUGCCUAAAGGCUCGUGAAAUUACGUAUAACAAUUUUGAAAUAUCACUCGUGGUAUUUAUGCCAAAUGUCAGUACAAAUCAUACUAUUACCCAUACUAAUCCUGGUUUUGUCUGUCUGUUAUUUUCCUCAGAAUGGUCAGUUCCAGCUUCACGAACCAGGAGGCCUGGUCACGCAGUCAUCAAUGAUGGUGUACCAAGUUAAUACUCAAGGCACCUUAUGUACAACAUUUGACAUUUCGGCGACUUGCCAGUCUAUGGUGUUUGGCGACGCCGGAGGUAUUGUAUAUUUAUAAUUGUGAUAAAAUAUAUCUUGACGGAUUUUUUAAAACAUUACCGCCAAUUAGAUAUAUUUCACCAGACCAAAAAUCAUCUCCAGAGUAGAUACUAUUAAAAGUAAGAGUGUAACCAAAGCUUUUUUCUCUUCUCCUCCUGUCUUCCCCCUUCACUUUUCCUUUUCCUUUGCUAGUGUGAUUUUCGAGCUUAUCAGGUGCAAAAAAACCCUACUGUGUGACUCUUUUUUCGCUCAAAUGGCUGAAGAUUUCCCUGGUUCGGUUUCAAAGAAUCAGCUACAAUCCUCGCCAAAAAUCCUUGAAACACCCAACCCAUGCACUUCUCUUUCCUUCUGCAAUGUUGAGAUAUGAUUGCAAAGUUACGUGGCUACAACAACAUUGCGAAAAGGAGGACGUGGCGGGGGGCCGGGGGGGGGGGGGGGAAGGGAGGAAAAGAAGGCGCAAUUUCCCAAAGGUGUGCAAGGGUUUGGUUGGGAUUUGUAGGUUUAAAGAGAAUUUAAUUUUGUUUUUCAUUUAUUUUUUUUUUUUUUAUUUUUUUUCGUGUUUGUAUGGUAUAAGGGGGGGGGGGGGGGGGGGGGGGGGGGGGGGGGGGGGAGAGGAGAGAAGGAAAGCGACAUUUUCCAAAGUGUUUCAAGGUUUUUGUCUGGGAUUUUAGAUGUUAAAUGCAGUUAAUUUUUUAUUUCAGUUAAUUUUUAUUUUUUCAUUGUUUUUGGGCAUGGUAGUGUAUGCUAAUGAAUUUAAAGCAGAGGAAACAAAAAUUAACUGAAAUAAACAAAAAAAUUGCAACAUAGAUAUACAGUGAACUUUCGCCUUGUAAACACCUCGCUACCCCACUAAUCGGGAAAACAACUUAAUCUCCGGCAUAAAUGAAAUACAGACGUUCGACUGAAAUAAAUGUUUUUUGUUUUCCAGGAAAUACUCAUCUUUGGGGAGAGACACAAGAAAAAGAAAUAAUCCACAAUUUGUAUUCAAGACCGACAGAGUUUGCUCAUCCAGUAAGUUUCUGAUCUUAAGCAAUGCAAAAACUACAGGAAAUGUAAAUUUGUUUUAGAUACUCACGAGAAAACUGGUUCGUUAGAAGGUAGCUGAAUGGCAAUGCACGCAUGAGGCAUGCACCCCGCACGCCCGUCUUCCGAGGCAUUAGUGAACUGUUAGGUGAAGAUCACGAAGAAACACGCACGUAAUAGCCCUGUCACGUUUGUCACGCACAAGCGUUUUGCCGUCCUCUUCUUCAUGCCGUCCUGUUGUGUAAACACACUAUUAAGCAGCUAGGAGUAUGGCUACUCUCCUCUAGAUGGGAUGCUAGUCAAUCGUAAGGUUAUGUCGCCGGUGCCCUUAUGUACAUUUUCGUGAAGAGAGAUAUUGUGGAUCCAAGGUACUUGUUUACUGAAACACGCGACGGUAGGGCUUUAGCCUGUUCCAGGCGUAUAACUUAACUCGCUCCCCACUUACCGCCGCGCUCUACUAUCUGAACGCCUGGAACAGGCUAGUAAGGCUUGAACCCGGACCUCCUGAUCUGAAGUUCGACUGUUCACCGCUCAACCACCACGCCUCCACCACGCCCCCCACAGUCGCUCUCGGAGUAGGUUCUUUAAAUCAGAUUGUGUUUUGCUAUUUUUUUUUAGAUUCCUCAUCUUCCACCGCUGCCCAUCGAUGAUUAUACUGUUCCAUUGUCUGCAUUUCCUCUUCCGAUGCCCAAGUAAGUAAUCGACGUAAUGAUCACAUUCUUAGCGAGAAUCUGCCCUAAUGCCAAUGGUUUGACUGACCUAUUGUAUUACUUGUCACUCCCGUCCCGUAUUUGGAUUUUUUUACGUGAUUCAUCCGAGAUUUCGACCAAUGUGAAAACUGGCCCAGUGAGAAAAGGACCAGCAGUAAAAGUCCGUCCAGCCUAAGAUUGAUGUUCGUCUUAUAGAGAGGUAUGGGCCAGCAAUAGGUGUCCGUUUUAUUGAGGUGUCUGUCUUAUAGAGGUGUCCGUUAAGAGAGAGUCGGCCAUAUAAGUUAUGAUAUUUGAGGAAUCAAAGAGUAAGAAAGUUUAAGAUUCAAAUUGGUUUGCGCGUUUGGGAACCGAAAUUAUAGAAGGUAAACCUCUUUCUCCACAGUGGACCGCUUCUUUCAGACUGGCCAGAAGAAAACAUGGUUGCUGGAGACAGGUAAAUAGUUUUUCAUGUCUUCCUGAAUCAGAAGUCUUGUAAGAUGGUAAAAAUUUGUUGUUACUAUAGUCUCCCUCUUAGCCGUUUUUCCCUUGUCACGCAGAGGAGCGUUGCAUGACGAGACGAAUACGACUGCGUGGGAGACUAGUGUUACUAGUAACGAUAAAUAAUUAAAAUUUGAAAUUCGCAGGCGUACUCCAGCAAUUGAGCCUGAAAUUCUCCGCACAAUGGUCGUCAGGCAUUUUAUCGGUUAUGCACCUAACCCUGGCAACAGGAAACGAAAUCAGGUAUGUUAAUGCGUUCUCUUUUUAAUCGGAAAGACGAUGUGACGGCGGUAAAGCUGAAGAUGGCGGCGCGCAGAUCUAAAAACCCAGCUGAACAAUUCCAGGGCCCAGUUGCUCGAAGCAUGGUUAGUUUAAUACCUUGAGAACGUAUUGGUUUUGAUACUGCUUAACCAAUGGUUAAAGCUAACCAUGCUUUGAGCAACUCAGCCCAGAGCGUCAAAUUGGGAACCGCACGUCGGUUUCAGUCCCUUCCUCGGGGUUUCGCUUUCUCCUUGGUCGUUGCGUUGUCUUUGUUUAAUCUGCCCUGUCUCGUCUCCAGGGCCUUCGUUACUCUUAUCCAACGUAACGGUCAGGAUCCCAGACCCUGUGCCGCCAGACUAACACAUAAACUUUAUUUUCACUCGAAUUUUAGAGUAGCUAGCGAGCUAAUAUCUUUGAGCUGACCCCACUUGAAAAUACAUUAAAUACAUUAUGAAUGAUAAUAAAUAAUAAUAAUUAAUAAUAAUAAUAGUAAACACAUAAAAGAAAAUUUUAUUUGCAAUUUUAAGUAUAAGUAUGUAUAAGCAAAAAGAAUCUGCAUAAAGGUAACGCCCUGUAUUUUAGUCUUAAAGUUUGCAAAAAACUAGUACGAAAAAAGUCAGGCAGUGCAUUCCAUUGUUUAGCUGAAGAGUAAGAAAAGGAGAUAAGACCAUAAGUAGUUGUUUUAGGUUUACUAAGUGAAAGAAUGUAGUUGCCGCGAAGAUCAAAGGAAGAGGACCGGAGUGAAAACAUAUUCUUCAUAGAAGCGAGAAGAUGAGGAAAUUCUGAACGCGCUUGUUACAUAACGAAGUAGAGUUGACUUUUGAAAGAAGAGUGAUGUAUGGAGACGAGUAAUUUCCAAGUGUAAAUCCCUCUUUUAUUUACUGCUUUAAGCUUAUCCGCAUCGCGCGCUCCACAAAAGUGUCAGACAGAAGAGCAAUAAAAAUGGGAUUUUGGGGUUUCGGUCAAGUCUUUAUAGUGACCUCCGCGUAAAGCCCUCCUCAUGCCUUUGGUCUUCGGCCGAAGGUCUGUCGUCGACCAAUACCGAAGCAUCCCCUACACAAUUGCAAGAGGUCCUGAAAUUUGUGGCUUUCAACAGUAAAAGUGCCUUUGCUUGAAGCUGGUGUUUCGUUGUUUUUAGGAACAUUUUCAUAGGUUAACAAGCAACUUGUCUAUCUUCUAGGUAGCUUACCCUGUUGUUAAAGAUUCAGUAAUGGUUUCUCCAGAAGAAGAAAAUACUGUUCCAGAUUCACCAAUGAAUCGAGGUACUGAAAGCGAUUUUGCUCUUAUAAACCUGUCACUGGACCCCCCCCCCCCCCCCCCCCCCCAAAACAUAAGCCCCCAGGGGGGCCUUGGCCCUUGCCCUUUUUCGGGGGGGGGGGGUUCAUUUUUUUUCGCUUCUCUUUUUGCCUGGGGGGGCGGGGGUGUGGGAUAUUGUGUUGUGAGCCCUUGUGCGCGCGGUUUCAGAGGAUUACUGACAACUUGUAUCUCUUUUGUGUAGCUUUACCUUUGUUGUAAAGUUUAGUAAUUCGUUUUCCAAGAAAAAAAAAUACUGUUCCACAAUCCCCCAAUAAACCGAGUUCUGGAAGGCGUUUUUCUCUUAAAAACCUGCCCCCUGGCCCCCCCCCCCCCCUCCCCCCGCUGAAACAUGAGGCAUCAGUGGGGCCUUGACUCUUUGCGUUGUUCGAGCGGUGGGGGAUUAAUUUUAUUCGGUUCUUCUCUUGCCCGAGGGGAUAGGGAUUUAGUGAAUUUAGUCUGCAGCCGUAAGAGAGAUAGGGGUCUGGGACGAGAGCUGGAAAACGUGCUGGUUUUUUUUAACAGAGUCCUCAACGAUGGAUGAACGAAAGGUACAGAGAGAAGCUGCUGGAUUUAUUUAUUAUAAAUGCUCAUUGGUUCUUUUAUUACUAAGGAUAUUAUAUAUUUUCCUUUUGUUUUGGCAAAAAUGUCUUGCAAAUACCUGUAAAUUCUCGUUGUCUUUGCUCUUUUGUUAGCCGCCUGAUAAAAAUGCCGGAAAAAUAAAGGUAUAGAAAAAAAAAUUCAGUCACACAUCUGAAGGUAUGACUGUAUCCCAUGUAUGUGGGGCAUUAUUCGUACAUACGAACUACUUACCAUUAUUCAGAGAGUCGAUACUUUACUAUUUUUUUUUUUUUAGCUCUAAUUUUAAUGGUUAUAUGUUCUGUUUGGUGUUAGAAAGAUUAAAAGAUUAUUUAUCCUUUGGUGGGGAUUUAAAUGCUUUUUAUUUAUGUAUAUAUUUUCACAGACGAAGAUCCUGGAAGUAUUAUACCAAAACACUACAGACGAGUGGAGAUACGAUACUCAAAACUAGGUUCGUUAUAUUUGAAAUUCUUCUGCAAGUAAAGUUUUAUUGUUCUGUGAUGCAGUUCUCAAUUUGACUACAGUAGAAACCUGCGAGUAAGAACCUGUUAGGCUAAAAUUUGCCAGUUAGGUCCCUUCUGUACAAGAACCUGUUCAGUUUAGCCUAAAAUUGGAAAUAGGUUCUUGUUUUCUAACAUCUUUAGAACUUUCUGUACACUUGGGCAAAUAAUUAAGAUAAGCCAGCUUUCAGGAUCCUCUUUGGAGACACAGGUGCCUAUAUUACUCCAACUGCAAUUGUAAUGGUGCACUGGUUUUACCUAAGGAAUGAGCUGAAUGCCACUAAACACUCUUAGCUACAAUGUAUUUUUUCGUCAGGAAAUAAGAGCUUAUUUAAGAUCCUGCAUAGCUUAAAUUUGUGCCAUUUACGUAAGAACCUGUUUAGCCUAACUUGAGAAAAUUCAUGUUCUUAGUCGUGGGUUUUUACCGUAUUUUCCGUUAGGUGUGGAAGACUUUGAUUUCAAGCAUUAUAACAGGACGUCAUUUGCUGGUUUAGAGACUCAUAUUCCUAAUGCUUACUGCAAUGCAAUGCUUCAGGUAAGUAAAGAAUCGCUCUUUUCGGUUAUAAGCCCUUCCGGAUAUAUCCCCCUCCCCCGUUGUUAAGCCCUCAUUAAAUCCCUUACGCAGUUGCAUAAGCCCAGGGGUUAAUAAGCGAAAGUUUACGGUAUUCCAACAACUUCCCAAGACUACUCGUUUUAAAAGACCUGGGGUUUUGAUGUUUACAAUUAUUACUAGGUUAUUCACUGAAGAAUCUCCUUGGAACCUUCUAGUAGCCCCUGAUAUUUUUAGCCAUCACGGUACUCCUGUAUUGGGAUUUUAUGGAGUGUUCUUUUUUAAAGUGCUUGGAGGGGAAUAAGGAGUGAAGAAUUUAAUUUCCCGUGCUUUUGUAAAUAGUUGUACCACAAACGUACCACCCUCUCUAUAAAUGUUUCAUUAAACUCAGACCCCCUGAGACCUAAAUAAAAAAUCUAAGUCUUUGCGUUUUCUGUUUGCUGGUCUCUUCACUAAAUACUGUGAGUUCCUCUGUGUUCCUUUUCAAGAAUUUUUGAAGAAGGACUUCUGCUAUUCCUCUCUCUCUCUUUUUGUCAUUUGCGAUACUACUGUGCCUAUUUGUACCAAACAAAUUGUGGUUUACUUUCUCCCUAGCUUUUUUACUUCGUGGAACCUUUGCGAGCUGGUUUCCAAAACCACUUGUGUCAUCGUGAGUUCUGCUUGGCUUGUGAACUUGGCUUUUUGUUUCAAAUGCUGGAUAUGUCAUCUGGACAAACAUGCCAGGUUUGUAGAACUACGAUUAUCUGUUACAUAGCGCGACACGCGCAAAUUAAUCCUGUGGGCUACUUGUUUUAAAGAAUUUUAUAUUUCUUCUGUUUUCGCAAUUUAUUUAUGUCGACAUCACUAGCCAGUCACAGGGGCUGGAUUUAGCUUUUCAUAUGUUUUGUGGAUGAACAAGGUGCUGUAGUCUAGUGUCAAGGAAGAAAUAAAAUCUACCCAAUGCUACGCGCAGGAAAACCUGAUGAAGAUUGAAACAUGAGCCCGAUACCAGUUGCAGUAAAAGUUGGCCUUUUGAUCUUGUACUCGCUACUGAGUAGAAACGAUAAGGAACUGUUCGAACUAGCGAUAAUUUAAUUUGUAUACCAUGACUACGUUUUGAUUGACGUUCCCCUUUCUCUAGACCUAUUGAUGGCCGUUGUAUUUGUGUGUGUGUUUUUUUGUUUUCCACAGGCCAACAACUUUCUUCGCGCCUUUCGCACCAUUCCUGAGGCCGCAGCACUGGGUCUGGUAUUAAACGACGUAGACGAGUCGUUUGGAAAUGCUAACUUCCCUCGCUUGAUUCAGAGUUGGUUUAGAUUCGUACUUCAACAAAUGCAUCAGGUAAUGGAUUGUUUCCCUACUUUGGCCCCGUCAACUUUGUUCGGUCAUGAGUUUUUAGGCUGCGUGCAAACAGACGCAACAACUCCCAACAUUGUUGCGCGAACAAUGUUGGGAGUUGUAAACAAUGCGUAAUGAGCGUACGCGACUCCUUGGAAGAGCUGUGCAAACGGAUCCAACGUUGUUGCGCUACGCUUCGGCGAUCACGGAACAAAAGAAAUGUUGGGAGUUUUUGCCUGAAAAGUUUGACCGGUUUCAAACUUUGCGCAACAACAUCCAGCAACAUGAACAGGGUGUGCAAACGGACGCAACAUGUAACAUCCAACAAUGUUGGGAGUUGUCAGCCAACAAUGUUGCGUCCGUUUGCACGGGGCUUUACAUGAGGCAGCUUUUGCAUUGACAACGGCGACGGCAGCGCAAACAUCACUUUUAACAUGAAUUCUUUUUUUGUCAAACGCUGUCGCGUUUAUGCCAAUUCGCUGAAAAUGCCAAAUAUAGGCGAAUUUCCCUGGAGUUGAUUUCUUGGCGACCACGCUUAGUUUUAGAAAGAGAGAGAAAAAUUCGUCGUCGCUUGUUUACGUCUUCCAAAAAACGUGAAAUUAGGCAUUUUCACGUCGUAGUCGUGUAGUGACGGCAAAGAAAUGUAAAAAAGCGUGCACGUGCAAAGUUGUUGUUUUGCCAAUCUAAAGGGCUGUUUACAUUGAGGGAGGAAGAUCCUAGUACCUGGAAGAUCUUAGAAGGCGGAACAAUUUCUCGUUGGGUUUAGGCUACGUGCAAACGGGCGCAACAAUGUAAGCCAACAAUGUUGCGUCCGUUUGCACGGGGCUAAAAGUUUGACUGGUUUCAAACUUUGCGAAACAACGCGCAACAACAUGCAACAGGGUGUGCAAACGGACGCAACAUGUAACAUCCAGCAAUGUUGGGAGUUGUUGGUCAACGAUGAUGCGUCGGUUUGCACGCAGCCUUACAUGCAGAAAUUUCGAUCCGUACGGGUUAUUACCAUGCAAGUAGAAAAGGAAUUAAAGGAGGCGACCAACAAAAACGAAAAAGGCAAUUUUGGGCCCAUCGGCUCUCUUUACUGGCGUCAAUAAAUACCUUUCAGCAAAAUUAUCAAAAUUGUCAUUUCUUAGUAACGCCAAACGAAACGGUCGGCCUUGAUUGCCGUGGUUACCCACUGAACGACCCCCGUGUUGUCCCUAGUAUUAGGAUCUUCCUAGCGAAGGCAGUUAACAUGGAGCAAGGAUCUUCCUAGUACCAGGAUCUUUCUACCCCUCAGCUUGGAAGAUCCUAGCGCUAGGGACAAGUACAACCCUUUGCAUAUAAAUCGAGUACGGAAAACAUAUGACGCUAGGAUGAUCCAACCUCUAGGAUCUUCCUGGUGAUUGGAUCUUUCUGCCUCCAUGUAAACAGCCCCUAAACCUAUUGGAUAAUUGACGUUCUCGUUGCCGUCAUCGUCGUCGUUGCUCAAGCUCCCCAUGUUAGGGUGAAGGACUUCUUAUUGAUGAUUUCAUCGUAGCAAAGCUAUCACAAAUAAGAAAAAAAAUCAGUAGGUUAAUAUUUCGUCCUAUUGUUCAUACAUGUUUUUGUAUUUAAAUAAAGACUCUUUGUCUCGUUAAGAAUAAUUAUUCAUUAAACAUUACGCCCAAUUUAGUCCUGAUGCAUAUAUCGGGAGGUAUUUUGUUUAAGCUGCUGACGAAGCACUUUGAAAUAAGCUUAACAUGGCAAACUAAAAUGGCAAAUACCUUUAGUAGAUAUAAGAAAAUAAAGUUUCAGUCAUUCUUUCUUUUGUCAACUUCUCCUGAUUUGUCUUUAGGAUACCCUCGAACCACCAGCCUCUUCAGAGAGAGAAAAUGAAGACUCGAAAAAUCCGUAAGUAUUGACUUAAUUCUAACUUAUCAAGCACAAGAGGGUUCCGAAACAUCGUAAAAUGAUUGAAAAAUGAGAGUUGUUGCAAACUGGCCGAAACUUUGUUUUGAUAGCUGUCGAAAAGCUUCUCCCAAAUUUUUAUACCCUUCAUCAUAAUGCUGAAAGCUUUCGUAGAAAAGUCAGAGGAAAACCGGAAAGCACGUAGCAGUUGUCCUUUGUUGUAGCAAUUCUGUACAUGUAUUUUUGCAUACCAAGAGGUGAAGAAUAAGUAAAACCCAACUACAUUUCUUUUUGACAAAUGCAUCCUGAAGACCAGCUGAAGACCUGCUGAAGACAUAUUGAUCCUUGAGUCACACUUUGACUUGACUAAAAGGAAAGUUUUUCUUAGAAUCUUGCACUGUGAUUGUUAUUCCUGAGACGGAAGUAUUUAAUGGGAUUAUGCUAUUUUCUAUGCGUAUUCUUGAGCCAGCUCUAGAGAGUUGAAAUGACCCCAAGUGUAUUCAUCUAGCAAAUUCCACAAUUUAAGGACGGUGCCCACUAUUGUUACUGCAGACAUUUUCUGCGCAUGUCAAGGUAGUCGCGCGCGACGCGAAAGGAAUGCGCAACACGCAGGACACGCGGACUGGCUUUGUCUUCCGUAAGUCUGGGAGGUUCUAAUUAUUUCUUGUGGAAAAGAUGCGUCGUUUUUCAACAGAUGAAAAAUAAUUUCUAUUUACCUUGUCAGUUCUUUGAAAACCGAAGAAGUAUGCGCAUGUUGCUAUUUCUGCCGUAUGAUAGAUCUGACUGAACAUUUUGUAGACAAACAAAAGUCAGUUCUAAAACAUUAAAACUUACUCCUUCAAGAUGUUACGCUUGGAGCUUGGGUAUUAAAAAAUCCCUUUAUGGGCAAGGAUCUGUAAAUCAGAAGGAAAAAAGCUCUAAGUCCUCCGCUUAAUCGAGAAACUGCAAGCUUACCUUUCACUCGCGUCCUUCGCGUUUUAUCGUCCAAUCGGCUAUAAACACUUUUCCGAACAUUUCUUUAAUUUUGUUAGAUUUUACGUUAUUAUUCGCCAGAAGAUAGAUUUGAAGCGUUCAAGUACAUACAGAUGUCCCUUUUAUUGAGAGUCCGAGGCUUUUAUUUGUUGAACAAACAAGAAAAAACUAUCACAAGAUUGUUUGGAUUGCUGAGAUCUUAGCUUCACAAAUAGUUGCGGACCGUAAAGGAGACGCUAUAAUCGUGAAAAAAAUGACAAAAAAAUUGUCAUACUUUUUACUAUUAUCAUUGUUAUUUGCAUUUUGGCAUUACUAAGCAUUGAAAUUAUUGACUCAUUGGCAGCUUGUCGUGUAGAUAGUAUUUCUUAAGGUUCUAUUUCACGCCACACAUAAUCUGGACAUUUAUACAUAGCUGCCAUUUGGCUGUUUACAAACUAAAGAUGGAAGGUAAAAUAAAGUAUUUCCAUUCUAAGACUUUCUUAGGUUUAACAGACACUGUUAAGUCUAAAAUUAACAUUUAGAAACGAAAAAUAGUGAAUGAUCAUGAUGACACAGAAUGCUACAGUAAAAAAAAUGAAAACGAAAUAUAUAAAAUGAUCAUUAUAGCCCAGUGCAUAUAUGAGGGUGCAUAAACGCAUUCGGUACAACUACUUUCACACUAUACAGUUUUUUUAAAAGAGAGCUCAUGUAUGGAACUUGAGUCAAUGCAAAUCAUUUAUGCCAUAUGACACUUGUGGCAAAGCCCGAAAGAGAUAGCGCAAAGCACAGAUAUAAGUUUAUUGAAUGUAUGCAAGUUUAAUAACAUAUUCGAUCGAGGUACCCGGUAAAAUGAUAAAAAAGCGAUGAAGGUUUACAAUCCAUAUUACAUCUACAGUUCAAAAAAUCUUGAGGACAUGUGCAGGUAAGCAAACGAUUGAAGGAGUACCUGUCUUAGAGUCCCUGUCGACUAUUUUCCACUACAGUAGAGUAGUUUGUUUACAGCACCAGCCGUGGAUCUUGAGCUUGCCAUACUACUCUAUGUGCGCUGCAAGUAAUCUCUAAUACCUUGGAGAUUGCUCUUCUCCAAAAAUUUUUGUUAAAUGUUUGAGACGGAGAAGCUCCAGUUGAAUGAAAUAGUAUAAUUUGUUUUCCUUAUAGUCCAUGAAAUGUCCUGCUUCACUUUCUGUUUUUGCUCUGAUCCUCCAUGUGUUGUUGUUUUAUCUGACUGUUAGCCAUUGUGGAUAUCCCAGAGUACUCCGCGUUGAGUGAAGCAAUAGUGAAACUGACCGGGGAGGGGAUGAGGAAAAUUGUAAAUAACCACCAAAGCGAUUAAGUUAAAGUCGAAACCAACCAAUUUAACUUCUAAAAGCGCGCGGUAAUCCCUACUUUUUAUCUUACCAAAUGAAAGUUAUAAGCCUACUCAGCAAACGAUCAAUUUUUGGUUCGGGGAAAAUGUCGUUUACACUAUUUUUAAGGCAAACGCGUGGAGAGGGGUAACUGCUGAUAACUUCCCAGUUGUGCUGAUAUUUUAAAAAAAGACGUAUGAAGAGCAGUUGUUAUGUUAUCAUUUGUUGCUGAUUUUGAAACCUUGUUACAAUUAUCAUUGCAUUUGUGCCAGUUCACGUGUACAGUCUGAAAUUUUGGGAAAAAAUAACUUUUUAUCAUUUUUCUAUAAAAUGCCCAUUCAGCGUUUUUCUGCAUAUUGAAGCGCAUGCAGUUAUAUCUGAAAAAUGCGUGGUUACCCCCAGUUUUCUUUUUGGAUUUCAAUAGCCCCUGAUAUGAUCUACUUGUCUCACAUAGUCAUUAUCUGGGAAAAAAUACUUCCCAUUAGUGGGCACCGUCCUUAAAGUGAGCUGUUCUUUGCUUUAUUUCAAUUGUUUUUCGUUUAUGUUCUUGUAACCAGAACUGGUAAAUCUCAACAGUCUUCAAUAAUCCAGCGUUUAUUUGGCUCUGAUGUUGAGCUUCUGAGUCGCUGCCGCUGUGGCAAAGAAACUAAAAGAGUGUCAAACACAUUACUGUUCAAUCUGGAAUAUCCUGAAAUGCCUGAAGGUGAGAUAAAGGUAGCACAAAUUUUAAAUAGAUCCUUGUUUAUAUUCUUGGACGUCUCAGUAGUUAAUGAUCCGUUGGAAAGUAAAUUAUGGCCCAUUCACACCAACUAAAGAUGUUUAAUUAAGCUAGGUUUUCAAUAAUGAAAAACUGUGACAGAAAACCAGAACACAGGCUUUUACACAUAAUUCAAAUGAACUUAAACACGUUACGUAACUGCAUUAAAUUUUCGAUCGCACAGAGUACAGUAGGCAGCUCUUAUAAAGCAGACACAUUUAAGCCGUGUUUAACUUAACAGCUUUUAAACAUGUUUAACACUGGCUUUGGUGUGAACGGGGCUUUAGUUUGAUGGAAACUGAAGACUUCAGGUGCAUGACGGUUUACAUGCUUAAUCGAUUGUUCAAAAAUGUAAAAUAAAGAAGUAAGGUUAUUAAAAAUGUUAGAGGAGGGUUUUUGCUCAAUACAAGACGUUUCCGAUUGACUCUAUUGUUGCCUUCUACUGGGAAACCCAGAUUUAGAUUUUGACUGAUCUGGAUUUAACGCGAAAUCCGGAAACGGAUUUCACCUCCUAGAAAUCCGUCGUCAGGGUGGAUUUCAAUUAAGAAAUCCAAAUCCGGAUUUCAUGGAUUUCCUUUUUACCGUUCGAUUGGAAAAUUCGGAAAAGGAUUUUCAAAACUGUUCUCGCGAACAGCGGUCUUCUUUUUGCUAAUUAUACGCGCGCGUGCAAGACCGCUGUUCUUAAGGGUAGUUUUUAAAUCCUUUUUUGGAUUUCCCAAUCGAACGGUGAAAAGGAAAUCCAAAAACAGAUUUCUCAGCGCUGAAAUCCGUUUUUGGAUUUCGCGUUCGAUGGCAAAUCUGGAUUUUAAAAUCUAAAUCCAGAUUUCCCAGUCGAACGCACCCUAUAGUUUUAGUUGACAGGAUCUUUGGAUUGUGAAAUCCUGUAACGUAGGACCCCGCUUCACUUAACUCGUUACUGCACAGCUUCCUUGUAGGUGUUACAAAAUCGUUUUACGAUUUUUCUCUCCUAAAUUCCUAUAGAUAAAAUACAACAACCAGUGAGUUUUGAGUCAGUACUUCUUGCGAGUAUGUGUCGGGAGCAAAGCAUGCAAGCUUGGUGUGAACAGUGCUCCAGAUAUCAACCUACCGUAAGUAAAGGAACAUUGUGCAUGAACUUUGGCUCCGUCAAUAAACGUACCCGCCUAAACUUGAUAACCUGAGAUCACGCGCCAUUAUCGUCUGGCGCAACCAGGUAAGAGAGAUAAAAGAUGCUUUUAAAAUACUUUGGCUUGAACUCAGGUUAAAAUUUGAAAGUAGGGCUUGUUUUCUUGUAGUUGGGUUCUCUCCAUGGACUCGAGAAUUUGCAAGAAUUCAUCGCCACUAAAUGUGCACCAGCCUUGCACCCAGUCGUCCUCCGAUAGCACGAACUGGCCUGGGGAGGAAACUGGAUGUGCUAUAUUUUGUUUAAGAGCUACCCGAGGUCUAUUAGUAGACAGGACUUGAUGAUGAUGAUUCUCUAUAUUGUUUUGUAACUGACCUGUACCUGCAAUUCAGCUGUAAGCUGCAAAAGGUGUCAAUGAACAAAGUUAUUUAUUCAUUCACUACAUUUUCAAAAAGUUUUAAAAAUACUUUCAACUGACGCAAUUAUAUUUUAGCUUCAUAACCGUUUCUACCUUUUGUCAUGCAGGUGCAAACGCGUAAAGUUAAAAAGCUACCAGAUAUCCUGGCGUUCAACUGUGGCAUGGAGCAUGCAAAGGAAGUUGAUGUCUGGAAAAUGCAACAGCAGGUUAGGAGACGUGUACAUAUAAGCUUGCAACCCAUAUUGAGUCAGCUAUUUUGCUCCCCUUAUUUUCUGUGGAAGGGAACAGCAUCAAGUGAAGACUAGAAAGGGACACAUGAGUGUCCACUUUCCCUGACUGUACUUCAUUUAGACUCAGGCAGACUUUUUGCGAGUGACCAACGUAACAGAAAAGCGAGUGACCUGCGUAUGGCGUGACAAGAUUGCCUUAAAGUGAACUAUGUCACGACAUCUCUCCUUAGUUACUAGAUCCACCGCCCAAAGGUGAAGACAAACCCACAGUGCAGUCAUCAACUAAGGCUUGCAGAUAUGGUGAUGCGUGCACAAGACCUGACUGCAAGUUUAGGCACGAGAGAGAUGUUAACGAGGAAGGGUAUGAACGGGUUUAUUUUAAAGCAAGACUAGAUGCAUCCUCAUAAUCAAUAUCAACGCCUUGUGUUCGGCCACAUGUAGAUGGCAGGGAUAAACUUGGCCUAAAACGUAAAAUUCCUCGGCGAAUUCAGGAUGUAAAGGGAUAUUUAGUUGAGGAGAUAUUCUUCAAAUAGCAGUUGUCAUUCGUUGAGUUGAAUUUUUGUUGUUCUUGCUAUGUUUGUAGGCAGACUUUCGGCUAUUUUUUCUUCGCAUUUUCCGCCAUUUUCUCCUUGUCUACCAGAACAACUGAGCUAACGCAAACUUGUCCCCAGGGCCUCUCGGUUGCCGUUUUAUUUUUUGGUGAUAGCCUGAACUAUUGAUGUAUUGAUGCAAAUGUCUUCUAAAUUUGGUCAACGCUAGCUCGUUAUGACGAAUUUGCUAGGGCAUUGCAGCCAAUGAAAACAGAAAAUAUUUUGAAUUGACAAUAAUGUGUGAUACCCUCUUGAAAUAAACUGGAUUGCUAUCAUUGAAUUUUACUGAUAAGAAAGCACUAAAAUUAUCAUGUCGCUGGCGCCUUAAUUUCAGUUUUGGUUUGGUCUCUUUCAGGCGAAUUGACGUUCAGGAGGAAGAGGAAGUCAAUGGAUGGGUUCCACUCGCAAUAAAAAUAUCAACAGACUCCACUGGAAUGCGUAUUACAAAGAUUGAUGAGGUAAGGUUGCUGUUUUCUUACUGUUAUUUUAUUCGCUUUCUUCAUUGUACUUUGUAUCACAAAAGUUAGCAGGCUUAUUUCCGUUGAAGGAGGUGAAGCCCUCUCCCGAUUGCUGAAUGAUAAAAUUCCUAACAUUUGAUAACUGAUUUGUGACUUUCCAGCUAAAACUCGCUGUAGACUGACGACGGCUACCAGUUCGCGCAAAAAAAUGACAUUGGUUCGCGUGCGUGCACUACUUCUAAAGCUCUCUAUUCACGUGGUACAAAACCACCACGCUUAAGAGCAAGAGAAGCACUUGUAGAAGACAACAAAGGAUAUUAUCAUUUUAAAUGAUUUAAGCCAUCUGAUUGUCUUGUCCCAGUGCGUCCCUCCGUAGUCAGUAUUGCGGUUUUGUACCACGUGAAUGACUAACUGUAAAGGACCUAUAAGUGCACUAGUGUUGGAAUGUGCUCCAGCUAUUCGCUCGCUUCAUGAUGGGGUACAGGAAUCUGAUUUACGUUUUGGUCUUUAUUCUUCUAUGACUUAUGCUAACAAUCUUAAUCUUCAUCUUCUUACUCUUUUUCUCUACUCAAUCCUUACUAAGCGGUUCAAGUAUAGUAAAGAUUUUUAUCAGGUAGCCAAAAGCUGGACAUGAUUGGGUCAGUUGACCUUGGGAAUUAAAACAAGGUUAUCUCGGUGUGGGUAAUAUUUUGAUAUUAUUGAACUUGCAUGGUUUCGAUCGGCAAAAAGCUCAGUACAAACCAAUGAAAACCUGAAAGGUUUGUUAACAAACCCAAACAGGAACUUGAACAAUACUAAUCAACCAAGGUCAGCUCUAACAUCACAAACACGACCACCCAUGAAAAAACAAAAACAUCUGACAAUGGCAAGCGAAGAAUAUUCCUAAAAUGGCAUUAAGUACUGUAAAUUCGCGAGCUAAGCAUAAAUUCAAGCACACGUAAAAACAAAAGAUCAAAACAGGAAAAAACCUAUGUGGACAAAAUCAGGACUAACCUUGACCCACUUAAUGAAAGAAAAACGAAACUUAACAGAAAAUACAAAUCUUAAAAAUAACUUUCAAAAUACUUCACAACACUAGGAAGCAUUUAGUCGAACACUUUUGCAUUUUUACUCAUGCCCCUUGAACUGCUAAGCGUCUUAUUUUUAAGACUUAAAAGUCUUAUUAUUUCAAAUUGAGUUUGUCAUAUUGUUUGCGAAUUGCUAAGGAAUAUGUCACACAUAGGAAGGACUUUCAGGAUAUGUAGACCUUUAGAGGUUGUUGAAGUAAUUUUUUGCACUCGCUAAAAAUCAAUUUAUCAAUCAGCCUCUAAGAGAUUCAGUGUAAAAGUUUGUUUUUUUAAGUGAUCCAAAUCACUGUUGUGGUAGAUCUACUGGUCUAUAGAUUUCCAUUUUCUUUUCUUCUUGAAUUCUUGAUGUGUUUAAGGACUUAAUACGGUUGCUCAACUAACCGUGUUUUAAGCGCAUUUAAAUUUGUCGAACCUUCACCUCUAAACAUUGCUUGCUGUAAGUUAACAAUGCCAGGAUGGCUUACAACCCAGGCUAGAGCAACGUUUACGUGUAUCGACUUAAAACAGAAGCCUUACAUGAACAGUAAAACAUUGCAGUUCCAUUGAGUUCUAAGUGAGACUUCGUUUAAAUAACCGGCCCUAAGAGUUUUUGUGUCUUUGUCCUCAGAAUCAAAAAGUAAAAUGUUCAGAAAACGAAGUGGUGUACGAUCUGUUAGCCACGGUGGGUCAUGUGCAGGACCUCAAGUCUGGCGGAAACUUGGUGGCACAUAUUCACGUUGGUACAACAUAUCACAGCCGAAAGGAGGUAUGUGUUUAGGGGCGGAACUAGCAGUGUUUGUCCCCUGCUAGAAGCCGCAUACCAUGGAAAAGAGGCCUCCGCUUGCAGGGAAGUUGGACUGCGGUACCACGCGUUGCACAUAUGCGAGCGGCGAAUUUCAAUUUUCCCUCCCUUAAAUUGUGUAAGCGUCUACGAACCUUUCACGGGACAAAACCGUUCUAAAUUGAUGGGAGUACCGAUCUCCUCCCUUUGUUGAGCAGACAUAUCGUGCUUCCCGUCUUUGGAACGGAAAGAACCUGCCCGGCCAGACAUAUGGCGUCAAUUUGUUAAAUAUAGUAAUUAGCUCAGGAGAACUCUGCUUCUCUUUUUCAGGGUGUCACCUGUAGUCAGUGGUACUUGUUUAACGAUUUUGCCAUCACCCCGAUUUCGCCGGUAAGUUAACUUUAGAAAGUAGUAUUCAGUUUCUUAUAAUCACGCUAUCAUAAGUCGUACUCUACAGUUGAUUUCCUAUUGUAAUGUUUCAGAACGAUGCUGUUCAUUACUCGUUGGAUUGGAAAAUACCGUGUGCCGUUGUGUUUACACGCAGAGAUAUCAACAGCCGUCACGAAACCACAAGUAAGUAGAUGGCCAAUCGCCUUGUUUAGGUUUAUUUCCUGCGGAUUUUUAUGUCAGAGGAAGAAACGAACUCUUCUACCAAGGAACAUCAGUCUCCCGUCACCACUGAUUUUUUAAAAAAAAAAAAAAAAAAAAAUUGACAUUUGAAGAAAGUGGAUUUGGAUGGAUUUGGUGAAUUAGCCUUUUUUCAGGUUUGACGCCCUCAGUAAAGUCUUCAUCGUAGACACCACUCUGUAAAACGGAUGCCGGAAUAAUUUAUUCUGACGUAUUUAGCAAUUUUACCGUGUUUGUUUGCAUCAAGCCUUUUUACACUUGCCUGAUUAAGUUCGUUGCACGGCUGCCUGGUAACUCAGCUGGGAGACGCCGUUUUGGAUUGCUAAAGUAGUGUUCUGCACAUGGGCAGAUGGUAAAACCUCUCACAAAAAUUAAAAUUCAAUCGGGUUCAUCAGUUCCGUUUGAACGAAGCAAAAGACUCAAUUCAAGGACCUCAAUUCAAAUUAGUUCGGAUGAAAUACCGUUCACCUUAGCAGCAGAGCCUUUCUUUGGCUUGCUUGAUUUGGCGCACUCGAGAAACACUCUGCAUAAAUAGAGUCAGAUCUCUGUUGAGCAUGCGCUGCAUGUUUUUGGGGUACAGUUUCUAACCCAGGCCUACAAUGGAGGCCAAAAUUCUUAGGACAAUUAACACGAUCUGCCUUAAUUUUUCCCCCUUUCCCCCUCGCCCCCAAGCAAUGUUUUAGUUUGUGCACCCCUGUACACUUUGCCCUGUCCUAAAAGUGUUUGUUCAUCCCAACAUUGUUGGAGGUGGGAGGGGAGGGCCACUUGCGGUAUCCAAGUGUUUAAAGAAGUGCAUAUUAUGCUACAUCUGAAUAGUUGAUAAGUUAAGGAUGUGGAAGGAAGGUUUUCCAUAACCGUUCCAAGGAUUUUUGUCCUCCAUUGUAGGAUUUCUUUACAAAAGAGCGUAGUAGCUGAUGCUCACGAGUGCUUUUUGUUAACUAGUCAACCAGAGAAUUGAUGACGGUGUACUUUACCAAGACGUGUCUCUGGUUAGGAGGGGAAGUGUGUCCCGGGAAUUUACCCCUCUGGGCGUUGACGAGCUGCCUAACGAAGGAGAUCUCGUAGGAUUAGACGCUGAGUUCGUAACUUUGAAUCAGGUGAGAAGUAUUAUCUACUGAUCUUGCCUUGGCGUUUCCAGUGUGUAUUAUUUUGCUCCAAAGUACCCCCUCAUAAAGUGGCCAACCUGGUACUCAUCAGAACGUGUGUUUCAGCUGUCCUCCACAGAGGCUGCAAUUGGUGUAGGUACCAAGGAAGUAAUGAAAGAUCUCAAAUACCCAAAGACUUCUUGUCACAUUUGUUUAGAAGUUUUUCUCCAAAUGACUCACUUUUUCCACUUACAUCAAAAACCACAUAGGGACUUUUCGAUACGACAUACGGAGACGCCAAUGAAAUCGUGACUAAAUCAAUGCAGAAAAAUACACCUCGCUAACUUUUUUUAUCCCAAGUCACCCAAUUUACUUAGAGAAGAAAAAUUCGUUUGGAACUGAAUGAAGAGAGGGGACCACGUCCAAGUUCAGACAGAGAUAGUAACAUUUAUCGCUUAACCCGGUUGCCGUUAUCAAGACAAGUAAACUGUAAAUUUAGUCGUUUCACGUAGUGGUUGUGCAGGGACAGCAAAGAAAUUUGGAAAAGGGAGCGUAAUGCUCGUGCAGGCGAGUUGUUUUCCUUCCUAAAGCUAUUGUGUUUUAGGCGUUCCCGUUGCCGUCGCCGCCUUAGUUUCGUAAAGUACCUAUAUAUCAAUGCCCGCGGCCUUCGAGACUUUGUCAAUUUACUGAUCGAUUUAUUGACUUAUGUUGUAUUUAAUGAGAACAAUCUGACACACUUUUUUCAUGUUAUUUUUACCAGGAGGAAGCUGAGAUCAGGAGCGAUGGUACGCGGUCUACAAUAAAACCUAGUCAAAUGAGCGUGGCACGAGUUACUGUUGUCCGUGGGUAAGAUAACAGCUAGAUUAAGGAAUGCCUUAAACUGCCGCAUUUAAGCCACCCACCCCCCCCCCGCCCAACCCUAUAAGCCCCCCAGUUAUAGACCCAUCUACCCGUAAACAAAAGCACCCCCCGCCCCCCUUGGAUCUAGCCUCACAUCUAGCUUUUCUUGCAUUCGAUUUAUUAUGACGUUUUGAAGCUUGGCUUAAGACCAGUAAAUGCAAAACAUAUUUUGGGCAGUACUGCUAUAGCUUGCGCCUUUUCUAUUCCGGUUAUAAGCCCCACUGGAUAUAAGCUCCUCCGUUUAUAAGCCUUCCUAAAACCCCUUAGGAAGAUGUAUAAGCCCAGUGCUUAUAAACGGCAGUUUAAGGUAUUUUUACGUAUAAUAUGGUAUUUUUCGUAUCCUGCAUUUCGUGUUUUACCUCAGCUGGUUUUGAAACGGAUUCGAAUUUAAAAACCUUACUUUUUGGCGUUGUUAUUUUAUAGUGAAGGACCGUUGGCUGGGGUACCAUUUAUAGAUGAUUACAUUUCAACUACAGAACAAGUAAGUGAGAUCUGUGAAACUUACUAGUCUCGCCGCCGUAUAGCCUAAUCUAUCAUUAAAAUCGUAUUAGAAUCGAAAAACUUGUUGCCUCUGCAAAUAUCUACAUGUAGAUGUACUUGUAACGUUCAUUAUGUUAUCUGUGGAGUUUUUUAGGAGGAGCCAUCUACAAUACCAGCACUGUUACUGACAGGCCAUAUUGUUAAGGAGCCGUUACUUAUAUUAGAAUAUUAGUGAGGUUAAUCGUCCACUUUGCUAAAAAUCUUAUUGUAUUAUUUUCAAAACCAUGCAAACCUCGCCCUUGAAUGUAAAUGCGGAAACCUAAAAGAGCCAAUAUUACGGACCCGAAAAGCUGCCACAGAGAAACAGGCCUUUUGCUCAGAGACUUUUGGCGGGAAACGGUUUUUAUUGUUAGAUGUCAUGUGACUUCGAAGGAACCAAAACGAUAGAGCGCUUUUGGGGAAAACAUUCCUGCUACUGUAAAACACUGUUUAAUGCCACUUUUUACUUAUUUUAGCCUCUAAACAGGGACUCUUUUUUUCUUAAUCUAUCGAGCGAAAAACAUUUAGAUUUGGGCGCGAGAGUGGAGAUGCCGUUUCUCGCGUGCCGCGGCCUCGUCGCCGCUUGCGUGUGACAUGUUUCACUACACUAAUUUGAAGGAAGAUAAUAAAUUGUUCGUGGUCGUUUGACAAUCACAGUGCAUUGUAUGCAUAUGUUUUCUUGCUGCCGUUUCUUUGUUCCAGGUCGUUGAUUAUCUUACAAAGUUUUCCGGCAUAAAACCGGGCGACUUAGACGCCACAAUGUCAUCCAAGCAUCUCACAACUCUCAAAACAACUUAUCGCAAACUACGAGCAUUAGUAGCCAGGAAAGUGAAGUUUGUUGGUCACGGGCUGAAGAAGGAUUUCAGAGUUAUAAAUAUUCUGGUAGGUGGCCUGCUUUUUUUACUUAAACGGAAUCCGAUAGAUUAUCACACUCUAUUAAGAGCUAAGCUUCCGUACUUUUGUAGACUGAAUUAAAAACUAUGAUAGAAUAACCACUUUUCCAGGUUGUUUGAUGGGUUCUUUUAAAAAUGUGAUGUGAUGCGUAGUUACUCGUUAAGGUGUCAAAGAAGCAAUCAUUUGGAGUUUUAAAAUCCUAAUUGGCAAGAAAAUCUAGAACACCUGGCCCACAUUUUUGAAAGCAAAGCGUUGGCUUUGUAAGGGUCCUGUACACUGCCUUCGUGUUUUCUGGAAAAAAUCUUUGGACUUUUCGUUCCUUUUAAGUGUGUCUCUGGUCCUUUUAAAAGAAUUGCUCUCAUUUGGGCCUGUUCAAAUUGAUUUUGUUGUCCUGCUCAAGUUCUUCAUCGAUCUCAUAUAAGAGCGAUGACGUCACAAUCAAUCCAAGGAUCUUGGCCCCUCGCGUUUUCUAAGAAUUAAUCGUAGUGACGAAAUAAUUUCUCGAUUGCGUGACGGCUCUAAGUAUAACACGUUUUCUCUCUUUUUUUAAUAGGUACCAAAAGAACAGGUAUUCGACACAGUAGAACUAUUUCAUCUUCCCCGUCAGAGAUACAUUUCUCUCCGAUUUCUCGCGUGGUAUUUCUUAGGUAACCUUUUUCUUCUCCUGUACUUUGGUCUCCCGUAGUUCUUCUUUUCACCAAUUACACAUACAGUUGCAACCUCGGUAUUACGAACCCCUCCCUUUACAUGUCAUAACAAACAGUCCGGAAUAACGAAGGGAGUUUUUCACACAACCGUGGUUAUUGUAAAAUAUUUGGCAACAUACCACUCCUUCCCCUCCCCAUGGAAUAAACAUUUUCCAGUUUCUUGACUCCGUCGUUAUAUCGAGGUUCAACUUUAUGCAGUGUGGUGUGUAAUUAUAUUGAUUGAUUACGGAACUGAAUUGCAUUCUCGUUCCCAGAGCCCCCUGUCCCUCUCAGCCGGCAGGGGCCUCCGCGCGAGGACAUAAACUGAAUAACUGAGACGUAAACCUUUCUAUUCAAUAAUUCAAUUUAAUCUUUUUUAUUGUCAUUUUAGGUUUAACCAUCCAGUCAGAAACUCACGACAGCACUGAAGAUGCAAACACAGCUCUACAACUUUAUAGGAAAUACGAAGAGUUAAAUACCAAAGGCGAGUUUCGAAAGGUUUUAAGACAGCUUUAUGAGGAUGGCAGAAAGAGUGGAUGGAAAGUGGGGGAGCCGGCUACCACAGAGUGAGGAUACUUAUUUAAAAACGUGCUCCAAAGUAUCGUAAACGUUCGAUCGCGGUCACAUAAUCAUCGCCCAAAGUACAAAGAAAUGUGGAAACCGUCUCACAAGAUCUCAUCAAGGAUAUCUUAUUUGUAGAGCUUUGCCUCUCUAUCAUUACUGAAACGUUUUCCAGCAUAGCUUAAAAGAACGACGUAAGUUUCAACAUGUUUCAGAGUGCUUAGAAAGAUGGAUGCCCUUAACACACUUGUACAGCAUAACUUUGCCUGUCUUUCUCUUCAUCAUUAAAAGAACGUUUUCGUAACUCGAACAACACGUACAUGUGGUUUUAGAAUUUUGCAUUGCGGUUACGCGAGCUAAAAGGAACAUUCGCGCGCCCGAUAAAAAGGUCUGCAAUACAUGCUAAGUAUAAAUCAAAAUCAACCUCUUUGAGCUGACAACUCGUUAACUAGACUCUGCUUUCUACUUGUAAAAAUGUAAA